AUGUGGUUGCUUCAUGAGUCUUUUCUUGAUCUUGUUCAGAAUAAUUGGAAUGCUCCUCUUUAUCCUGAUAAUUCUAUUUCUAGCAUGAAAAGACUUUGGCUUAAGUUGAAAUGUCUUAAGAUGGUUUUGAAUUGGUGGAACCACAAUGUUUUCAAAAAUUUGUUUACCAACAUCUUGCUUGCUGAAAAUAAAAUUAACUCCCUGGAAGAGUUGUAUCAGUCGGAUUCCUCUGAGGCUAAUUUGGGGAUUCUCAAUGAGGCCAAAGUGGAUCUUGCUAAGCUUCAAGUUCAAGAAGAAACUUAUUGGAUACAAAAAGCUGCUAUCAAACACUUAGUGGAUGGUGAUAAGAAUACUAAAUAUUUUCAUGGCUUGGUUAAUAGGAAACGUUCUAAAAACAUUCAUAAAAUUUCUUGUGAGGAUGGUUCUAUUACUGAAAAUAGAGAUGAGAUUGCUAGUUUGGCUAUCAAUUAUUUUCAUAAACAUUUGAAUAAGUCCUUGAAUCCUGUGUCUAUUGAUAAUACUGCCUAUAUUCCUAAUAUCAUAUCUCAAGAAGAUAAUAGUUCUUUAUCUAGGCCUCCUGUUCUUGAGGAGAUUAAAAAUACCUUAUUUGAGAUGAAUACUAUUCUGUGGCUGGGUUUAGUAUUAAGUUCUUCAAAAAAAACUUGGCCUAUUAUUUUCAAUGAUGUUUUUUCUGCUGUUACGGAUUUCUUUAAUGGUGCUCCGAUUCCCAAGUUUUUCACUGCUACUUAUAUUGUUUUAAUUCCUAAGAAUAAUGAUGUUAAUUCUUAG